UCCAGUUUUAGGAUCAAAUAUUCUGAGAGAAACGUGCAUAUUCACCGUUUUGCAUUUCAGACGACGCAAGUGCCAGAUCGUAAUCAGGUCAUCGUACAGAGUAACUUCCCUUUACCCGCCAUCAGUCAUUUCAAGAUAAUGGAAAAGGUGACUGCUUUAAGACCUACAGCAUUAUUUGGGACGCCACCAGAGCCAUUAUUCAACAAUCAACUUUGUGGUGCAACAACAGAAAUGCUUGAAGACUGGAUGGUUCUACUUGCUGAUAAAAACUCGGAGGCAUUGGAGAAUGCUAAGGCAGUUCAGGGUUCCUCUAUCAUUCAAGAGAGUGUACAAUUUUUGUUCUUAACUUGUGAUCGGAUGAAGAUGUCAAGUGAAGUAAAAUAUCUUAGCCUGGACUUGUUUGAUAGGUUUAUGCUGCAGCAUGUACAGGAUCUACAUGAACAUGUAGUAAAUACUCACCCUGUGAAAACUCGCAUGAAGGAAUGGCAGGAGAUACAGAAACGAGUCUCAAACCAGGUUGUCUUACGUGUCAUUUCCUGUAUACAAAUUGCCAGUAAACUCACCUCUCACUAUAGAAUUUUAAGUCCAAACAAGGCAAGACGUUUUCUUUUUGAUGCUGGACAUCGUUACAACACGGAGAGUAUCUUACAAUCAGAGCUACGUAUUCUAAAAACACUUGACUUCUGUGUUUCCAGACCCUCACCACUUGUAUAUCUAGAGUGUAUACUAGAAGCUUUAGGUAAAACAGAGUGUGAGUUUGAGGUGAAAGUGUUACACGGGGUGACAUUAAACCUGUUAGAUAUGGUGUAUUUACAGUAUAGUGAGAUUUACUCGAGACUACAUGAAGUAGCUGCAGGUGGCUCCCCAGUCACACAGAAAGACAUGGAAUGUUUUGCAAGUGUAAGGGCAGACAAGAUGUUACUGAUGGUCACCUUGAUUACCGCUGCUGCCUACAUCAUUGACAGAAAUUCUCAUGAAAAGAUAAUGUUUAGUGUUAGCAGGAUCACAAAAAUACCAGCUGAAGAUAUUUCAGAUUUUGCAUCUGUUAUUCUGAAGACAUUGAUGGAAAGUAGUGAAGAUUAAUCGCCAUGGAUACAAGUGACUGUAUGAGUGGUAUAGGUGUUGGGCUGUUACAAACUGAACUAU